GAUUAUUCAUAACUCAAAUAGCCAACAGAAAAUGCCGCCAAACGCGAAUGCGAACACUGAAGAACAGCUGCCGGAGGAGUUGACGCCCAGUCUGGAAGCGGCCAAUCAAAAAGUAGAGGAAACCACGCAGCGUGAGGUAUUCCGUGAAUUAGCGCAAAAACUAAAAGACCAGCAAGCGGAAAGUCAAAAAAUGUUCACACAGGCAACCACUUGGACACCUAAAACUACAACAGAAGCCGAGGAGGAGCUCACCACAACAGCUAUCUCCACCAACCAGAAAAUUGACGAAAUGCUCACUGAGGUGAUUGCCGAGAAGACCAGCCUGCCCACAUGGGGUGUAGUGGCCAUCAUCAUAUUGGUAUUCCUCGUCGUCUUUGGUAUACUCUUCUUUUGUGUACGCCGUUUCUUGAAGAAGCGACGAACCAAAGAUGGUAAGGGUAAGAAGGGUGUCGAUAUGAAAUCGGUACAAUUAUUAGGAUCGGCGUAUAAAGAGAAAGUUCAGCCUGAUAUGGAGGAACUCACCGAAAAUGCUGAAGAAGGUGAUGUCGAGGAUAAGCAAAUCGUGUGCAAGUACAAAAAAUACAGUAAAAGCACAGUGGAGCAUAGAAAACGCGAACGCGUAAACUAAUUUAUAUGGUUGCAAAAUAAUUCAAAGUAUACCUUUUACAGCUUUCAAAUUUUAACAAUCUCAAUAUUUAGUAGCAAAAAUUUAAAUACUUAUUUUUCCGUCUAAA